GAGCCAAAGGCUGAUGGAGGUUGUGUAGCCUAGUACAGCAAAUCCACUAAUUAUACACCAUCGAUCGGAUGCAACAGUAUUUCCGUUUUUGUCUGAGUAACCACUACAGCAACGGGUAGAAUAAUGUUACUGAAACAGUUAGGCUACCAAUAGAAUCUUGGUUUAUGCGAUGAAUAAUAAACUUUUCCAACUAAGCUAGACUUUGAAAACUUGAAGAACAACAUAACUUCUGAAAGAAACGAAGAGCAAGAGUACGCACCGAUGCUUGCAUCGGCAGUGCCUUUACUGCGCGUUGGACUUGUUUAAUGGCUAUUAGGCAUCUGCUAAAUAUUUUUUGUUAUUUCAACACCAUAUGAACGGCGAAAGGUAAAUUGUGGAGUCUGUCGCUGCCGGUCGCGUGGCUUCUUUGUGUACAGCAGCUGCUUCUAAAUGCAUGGGCAAACACCGCGGCUUGGCGCAGAUAUAAUACGCCUUGAGGAAACGCUUGGACACUGGCCAAUCUUUAUUGGAGUUUUCUAAGCUCUGAAGAGGUUAUUCAACAAAUAGAUGAGGAAUACCAAAACUUCGUAGUUUACCCCCUGCCCAAUCUUAUGUCCACUUCUAGCUGAAGUCCCGACAGAGCUUCCCGUUUCGCCGCCUUUCUCUGUGCGCGUGGAUUGUAAAAACGUAGAAACAAAUUGAACCUUGUUCUCAGUACAAGUGCGCGGUUUCUCGACACAUCAUGGAUGUAAGGUUUUAUCCAUCUGCCGGAGGAAAUCCUAUUCCAGGAGAUCCACCAAACCUGGAUUUUGCCCACUGUCUGGGCUACUACAACUUCAAUAAGUUCCAGAACAACAACAACUACAUGAAUAUGGCGGAGGCGAACGGUGCCCUGCUUGCAGCUGGUGAUACAUUUCACACCCCAAGCCUGGGCGAUGAGGAGUUUGAAAUCCCUCCCAUCACCCCCCCUCCAGAGACGGAGUCUGGCUUGGGCUUAUCAGAGGUGGACACACCCUUCCCAGGAGUCCCAAACCCUCCACCUCACCACAGGGGUCCCUUCACCCCCCAAUUCCCCCCUCAGAGUCUGGAGCUGCCCUCCAUCACCAUCUCACGGAACAUGAUGGAUCAAGAGGGUCUGGCUGGCAACAAUGGCCUUCCAGUGAACAUUGGCCAGGGCCACCUUCGCCAGUAUCCCCCCAACCCUGCCAUGGUGAUGAGGUCUAUCAUCAGUAUGAACAACCCCAAUGCUAUGAUGUCACGGAACCAGCUCACUACCAUCAACCAGUCCCAGCUCAACGCCCAGCUAGGCCUCAACAUGAUGGGGCCGAACAUUGCCCACACCUCACCCUCGCCGCCCGCUAGCAAGUCUGCUACGCCUUCACCUUCCAGCUCCAUCAAUGAGGACGACCAAGAUGAUGGCAAUAGGGUGAUUGGAGAGAAGCGCCCAGCUCCAGAUGCUGGGAAGAAGCCCAAGACCCCCAAGAAGAAGAAGAAGAAGGAUCCCAAUGAGCCCCAGAAGCCUGUGUCGGCCUACGCCCUGUUCUUCAGAGACACACAGGCAGCCAUUAAAGGCCAGAACCCCAACGCCACCUUUGGAGAAGUCUCUAAGAUUGUAGCAUCAAUGUGGGAUGGCUUGGGAGAGGAACAGAAGCAGGUGUACAAAAGCAAAACAGAGGCUGCCAAAAAGGAGUAUUUGAAAGCCCUUGCUGCCUACCGUGCCAGCCUGGUUUCCAAGGCUGCAGCAGAGUCAGCAGAAGCUCAGACCAUCCGCUCUGUGCAACAGACCCUGGCCUCCACCAGCCUAUCCCCAGGCCUGGUGCUGCCCUCACCCCUCUCCCAGCAUGCCUCUAUGUCCGCGGCUGCCCAGGCCCUCCAGAACGCCAUGCCCCGGGCCAUCGCCCCCAAGCCACUGCAGAUGAGGCUGGGGGGCAGCCAGAUCGUUACCUCUGUGGCGGUGGCCCACCAGAACAUGCCAUCUGGCGGCGGAGUGCCAUCACAGCUGCUGGGCCAGAUGGGCGCUGGAGGUGCCAUGGUGGUCGGAGCCCAGUCCACGGCCGUGUCCCAGAUGAGCCCCCCCAUGCAGCCAGUGCAGCAGCAUGCCAUGCAGCAUAUCCAGCAGCAGCAGCAACAGCAGCAGCAGAUGCAGCAGCACCUGCAGCACCACCAGCUACAGCAGCAGCAGAUGCACCACCAGCAGAUCCAGCAGCAGAUGCAGCAUCAGCAUUUCCAACACCACCUCCAGCAGCAACUGCAGCAGCACCACAUGCAGCAGCAGCAGCAACAACAACAACAACAACAGCAGCAGCAGCAGCACAUGCAGCAACAGCAACUGCAGAUCCAACACAUGCAGAUGCAGCAGAUGCACCAGCAGCAGAUGCAGCAGCAUAUCCAGCAGCAGCAGCAGCAGCAACAGCAGCAGCAGCAGCAGCAUCAGUCCCAGUGUUCCCCACCACAUCACUCACCCGGUACGCCACACUCCGUGGGCGGCUCCUCCUCCCUGGGCAGCCCUCAGCCCGCCACCCAACAGCCUCACCCCUCUCAAAUCCAGGCCCACGCCCAAGUCCUGUCCCAGGUCAGCAUCUACUGAGCCAAAUGGAAUUCUUAUCUCGAAGAAGAAUAGAAUAAAAGCAUCAUUUCAUGUUGCUUUUUUAAGUUGCACUUAAGAAGUGUGUAAGAAUUAGAAUGUUUUACAAAGAACUGUCCAUUGUUAUAGACGGAUAUGCAUACACAUGUACAGGGGCAAAUACCUUAGCUGGAUUUUUGUCUAUAAAAUAGGCCGUGCUACAAGGAAAAGUCUAUAGGCGUGUGCCCAUUGAUUGUUAGUUUGUUGUUUUGUUUGUUGGUCUUACUCUCAAUUGUCAAUUUGAAAAAUGACUUGGGGGGGCGGUGGGGCACAUUUCUGAAAAGACUGGCAUACCCUUCACAGGGAAAAGGCCUGUUUUUAUUUAACGACAAAGCUUUAUUUAUGGGGUCAAAGCAGUCAAUUCAGCCUAACUACUGGACAGAUGAAUGGAUUUCAACCGAGGUUUUGGCAGCUCUGGCCUCUGGAAAAGAGCACCUGAACUGAGAGACUUAUAGGUACAAACCCACACAGUAACCCACACAUCGAAAAUGUCUGUUUCCUCGCUGGCCAGUAUAUUCUACCUUGUCCCUCUUUCUCUACCCCCACAUUCCUGCAGAUGUAACUGUUUAACAAUGGCCUAAGGGAACUUUUUGAACAAAUCAUCAUGCAUUUCAGGCCAUUUCUGAGCACAUUCAUCUAAUGUCAUGAAGGCAGACAAUGUCUCGAGGAAGGAAAGUGAACUGAAAAAUGUCCAGGGGAUGGGAAUUGCUGGAUGGAGGAAUGAAGACAUUAACUGCCAUAGAUGAUUCAUGUCAUCAUAUGUCAUCAAACUGUAACUGUAAUCUGCUGUAUGUGUUUUGUAGAGUUGGGAGAAAUCAGACAUCCUCUUUCCAGUAAAAUACCCUCAAGCUCGUUUACUCUAAAGUGUGUAACUGGCACUCCAAAAAAAUCCUCCUUUUAUGUAUUUGUUUUUACCUCAGAUGUUUCACAACUAAAUUAUGUUUUAUUUUGUGUAAUAAAGGGGAUAUUUUAUGGUAAAGUCCAGGAUCAAGGUUGAUGGUUUCACGAUUGAUGUAUUUUUACACUUCUCCUUGAUACAGUAAUCUUAUUGAAAGUAAAAGAAAAAAAACUAGCAGAGCCAUUUGUUGCAAUGAAAAGGUAACUGAAAAGGUAAAGGAGGUAUUUUUUGCCAGAUGUAAUUACAUCCAUUAGGAGAACAGUUGUACAUUUUUCAUAUCACAUGUUGUAAAGUUUUAAUAUGUGAGGCUUUAAAUAAAACAUUGGUAAAUGACCUGUG